AUGACUACAACAAUAACCCCUGAUUAUCUCGUCAUCGGAGCCGGAGCCAUGGGAAUGGCUUUUGUCGAUACCCUGAUCACGGACACAAAAGCUACAGUAGCGAUAGUUGAUCGCUACGCUCGACCGGGAGGUCAUUGGACGAUUGCUUAUCCUCAUGUCACCCUUCAUCAGCCAUCUGCCUUCUACGGCGUUAACUCGCAGGAAUUUCCGGGCGAGAAGAACAUUGACAAGAUUGGUGGGAACAAGGGCAUGUCCGAGUUGGCAACAGGAGACGAAGUUCGUUCCUAUUUCACAAGAGUUAUGGAGCAGACAUUUCUUCCAACUGGACGAGUCGAAUAUUAUCCUUUGCAUGAGUGCGCUGGCGAAGGAGAAUACCGAUCUAUCAUCACAAACAAGACCAUCCAAGUUGGACCAGAGACGCGAAUUGUGGAUGCCACAUUCAUGAAAGUCGAGGUACCCGCUAUGAGGCCACCACCUUAUGAGGUAGCGAAAGACGUCCAUCUGAUCACACCUAACGGUUUGGUGUCCCUUUCUCGACCUUACGGCGGUUACACCAUAGUCGGAGCUGGAAAGACCGGGAUCGACGCUUGUAUAUUGGAGGUAGAAGGUGAAGCAAUUGUGAAUGCCUCAUCUCUAGAAGAUCUGUUCUACCGGCUCGAGGCCAGCGGAAAGAUGAUGCGGAUUGAUAAGAACAUCUGGCCCACCAUGUACAAGUGUGCCACAGUCUCUGUUCCUGAGCUGGAGCAAAUUCAAAGAAUUGGAAACAUUAUACGUCAGGGACGGGUCGUACGCAUUACCGCAAAUGAGGUUACAUUGGAAGGAGGCAAAUACACACCGGUGCCUGAUACAAUUUAUAUCGAUUGCAGUGCCGAUGGAUUAGCAAGGCUCAACCCCGUACCAAUCUUCGAUGGUAAGCGCAUCACACUUCAGCCAGUGCGCUACUGUCAACAAGUGUUCAGUGCCGCUUUCAUCGGCCAUGUCGAAGCUACCUACGACAAUGACGAGGUCAAGGACUCACUCUGUACCGUUGUACCCCACCCAGAUGAAACUCAAGACUUCCUUGGUAUGGCCCUUGAGACUUAUACCAAUGCGGCGAAAUGGUAUGCAGAGCCAAAAACGGGGGCUUGGUUAUCGCACGCCCGUCUUGACAUAACCAACGCACAAAAGCCUUCAGACUCUGUUGAAGUUGCAAAAGUUGAAGCUGCGAGACCAGCGCAAAUACAGGCUAUUUGCCGCAACUUGAGAAGUCUUCUGGAUGUUGAAUCAGCAGUGGGUAGCAAGACUUAG